AUGGCUCUGAGUCCCUUGACCAAUAUCUCUGCAUUUUUCAAAGGAGCCAGAAUGUGCAUUGGUCAGCAUUUAGCAUUUGCCGAGAUUACCAUCGUCAUGGCGUAUAUGCUCCGGACUUUCAGAAUGGGCAUGUUGCCAGACAGCAUCUCCGGGUUGUUUCAUUACAGUGCCGUGGCGCUGGCCUGCGAUGUGUGUGACUUUCGAGUUUAG